AUGUCGCUCGUUUCGUUGAAACCCGCGUUGCGGCUGGUUACCCGACCGGACACCAUCACUCAACCUCUCUCUGCUAACCAGCGCCUGUCGACCGGCGCUUCAACUGUUACAUGUCAAGCUAGUACCGAAUUCGCGAAUGCCGCGACACUUCGCGAACCCGUGCGAACACAAGCCGCGGAUUCCAUCUCGAGUACCCGCAACGUUACGUCUAACCCGAACGAUGACGUCAGCGUGACGAGACGCGCCGUGCUCGCGUCACUCGCAUUGCUGCCCGCGCUGGAUUCGUUCUUCGGCUCCGGAAACGGCGGCGCUGACGUGGCAUUGGCGCGGGAAAGGCGGACGAGGAUCGACAUUCCAGAGGAGAUGUACCAAGAGGGCGAGGGCGGGUUGCGCUUCUACGACGUGGCGGCGGGCAAGGGCAGGCUGGCGGAGCAAGGCGACCCUGUCGUGGUGCACUUUGACGUGACGUAUCGCAGCCUCACGGUGGUGUCCAGCCGCCAGUCCAAGCUGCUGGGCGGCAACCGCGUCAUCUCCCAGCCGUACGAGUUCUCACUAGGCGCCAAGCCAGGGGCGGAGAGGAAGCGCGAGUAUGCGGAGUCGGCCAACGGGCUCUUCUCCGCGCAGGCCGCCCCCAAACCGCCCCGCGCGCUCUACAGCGUUGUGCAGGGCAUGCGCGAGGGGGGCAAGCGCACAGUGAUUGUGCCUCCGGAGGAAGGUUACGGCGACAAAGGCUUCGCUGAAAUCCCUCCGGGUGCCACCAUCCAGCUCACAGUGGAGCUGCUCGAGGUCAAGGCCCCUCCCUCAUAG